UAUACAACAGUCCGCCAUAGAUUUCUCUCGCAUUUUAGCUAAAUUAUUAAACAAAUAAAUAUAAAUAAAAAUGGUUCGUCUCACCGCGCAACAGAAGAAGUUUUAUCAGGACAAUGGAUACUUACAUUUGAAGAAUGUAUUCUCCAAACAGGAGUUAGACACAGUCAUUGACGAGUAUAACAAGUUGUUCAAGAGGAAGAAUGAGGAGCAGAUAGAAAACUCCUGGGUAGGGAGCAAUGAGACCAACAGAAUCAACAACACUCCAUUCACGGUGAAGGGUGUCCACAACCUGCAGUACCACAACGCGAUCUUCGGCAAGGUGCUGUACAAUGAGAACCUGCUGGACGCGCUGGAGGACAUCAUGGGCCCCGACAUCAUGCUGCACCACACCAAGGCGCACUUCAAGCCCCCAGAGAAGGGUGCGGAAUACCCCAUGCAUCAGGACUACCAUUACUUCCCGUACGAGAAAGACUCCCCAGUGGCAGCGUUCAUCAACCUGGACCCGGCGGACUACUCCAACGGCGGGCUGUGCGUCUACCCUGGCUCGCACAAGCUCGGCCCGCAGGAGGACUUCGGAGCUAAGGAGGGAAACUUCCAUUGGCUCGACAAGAAAAAGUUCCCUGUAGAGAAGGCGACUCCUGUAGUCGCAGAGCGUGGUGACGUCAUUAUCUUCCACUACUUACUCAUCCACGGCAGCCCCCUCAACCGAUCCGACCGGCCGCGGAGGAUGCUACUCGCUCAGUUCGUCACUCCUGAUGAUAAACCCAUUGGCGUACAGAACAUGUUCCCCGGUUUCGGCUGGAUGAUGCGAGGGACCAACUACUCCAAGGACGCUUCUGUUUCUACGCAAUGGACUGAUUUAUCUGGCCAGAAACUUUAUCACAACAGGCAUGAAGCUAAAGAUUUGAACAAAAUCAAGUGCCCCUAAAUCAAGAGAACUGAGCGACCCAUCGACCCAACAAGGCCUUAGAUUAUGAUCGCACGGAUAUUAUGUUUAAGGAUUUUAUAAAUAAAUGAUUAAAAAUGAUUUAUUAUUAUAA